AUGGCCGAAAAAUAUGGUAUAUCUGAAGAACAGUAUAGGCUUAUACAACAGCAAGCUUCUAGGCGUGCUGAAUUAAGACAUGAGUUUCUAAAACAAAGAACUAAUCCUUGGAAAAAUUCCGCAGAAGCUGGAUAUGUUUUUGAUCCAGCACUUCAAAAAUUCAUGUCCAUGAAAGCAACUCAGUUUGACCAAUUCAAACCCAAUAAGAGAAACAGUAUAUUUGGAAUUUGUGCUAUAGUAGUGCCUAUGUUUGUAUACGGAUAUUUUGUUUGGAAUGAACGCAAUGAUCGUGAGCAGAAGAUCAGAAAUGGUGAACUUCGUUACAGAGACAGGUUGUUUAAACUUGCUUAA